AGUCUUUCAGCCAUAAAUAAUAAACUGAUACUCCAUCAUUGUAGGUUAUUUUAAUUAUUUAGGUGAGAUAUUUCAGUAUUGCUUCCAUAUAUAGAGUAGCAUACACAAGGCAAGAUCAGCCUUGAAAAACAAGAAAAAUCAAUCAAAAAAGGUGUUUUUAAAGUUUUUUUCAAGACAUGGCUGCUAAUAUUUGGAAUGUACAUGGAGUAGAUGAUGAAGAAAGUCAAACCAGUUUGAGCAAAAUUCAGCCUGUCCCCUCUACACCAGUGACACAACAAUUGACAGCUGAUCUCGAUAAGAAGAAGCAAACUCCUCUUACCUCGAGUCAAAUGCUUGGUUUGAACGAGCUUUUCUCCCUAGACGUUUGGAGGGCAUCGGUGGGAGAGCUUAUUGGAUCAGCAGUUCUAGUAUUCAUGAUUGACACUAUUGUGAUCUCAACCUUUGAGACUGAUAUCAAAAUGCCAAACCUCAUAAUCUCAAUUCUCAUUGCCAUUGUCGUUGCAAUUCUCCUCCUCGCUGUACAUCCUGUUUCCGGUGGCCACAUCAACCCCGUUAUCUCCUUUUCGGCUGGGCUAGUGGGCCUUAUCUCCAUGUCACGCGCUAUAGUUUACAUCCUAGCCCAAUGCAUUGGUGCAAUACUUGGUGCACUGGCCCUCAAAGCCGUAGUGAGCAGCACCAUUGAACAAAACUUUUCACUUGGAGGUUGCACUCUAACAGUGAUUGCACCUGGACCCAAUGGACCCAUAACCCUUGGCCUUGAGACGGCACAAGCCUUUUGGCUCGAGAUUUUCUGCACCUUUGUUUUCCUUUUUGCUUCAAUUUGGAUGGCAUAUGAUCAUCGCCAAGCAAAGAAUUUAGGCCUUGUUCUUGUUUUUUCAAUUAUAGGACUUGUGCUAGGCCUCUUAGUGUUUAUUUCCACCACUGUCACUGCCAAAAAGGGCUAUGCCGGGGCAGGAAUGAACCCUGCUAGGUGCCUUGGGGCUGCAAUUGUUAGAGGUGGCCACCUCUGGGAUGGCCACUGGGUGUUUUGGGCCGGGCCUGCUAUUGCUUGUGUUGCCUUCUAUUUAUACACAAAGAUAAUUCCACGGCAGCACCAUCAUGCAAAGGGCUAUGGACAUGAUUUCUUCGAUACUGUGAAGGCUAUGCUUGGAUUUGUUGAUCACUGAUGCAAUCAAGUUGCUGCAAAAUGGAAACUAGUGUGACUUUUUGUUUCUAAACUUGUCCGUUGAUAAGUUGUGAAGAAUGUAAUCUAUGUUUUAUUAUGAAUGCUAUGCUCGAAUAUAAACAGUUUACUAAUUAUAUUGUUACCAGUAUA